AUGAUGCUCCUCCUGGGCAAGCCUGCUAGCCUCAGUAAUAUUUUAAAUAGCGGGCACUUGCCAGCAAAAUCUUUCGUGUUUCUACCAUUUACACUAGCUCUGUUGUCCUUCUUUCUCGGAGCUCUAGUUCAGACAAUUGUCAGGUUCUAUGCGUGGGCACUAGCCAAUCUCGACAAUGCGAACUGUCGGCGGAGCUGUCUCAGAAGAUACUCGCCAGCUUUGUCCAUAGACGACCGGUUCCAGCAUGUUUGCCACACUUCGUAUAUGCGCUUUAAAUGA